GGGGGGGGGGUUUGUGUGUCGCUUCUGUGUCGGCUCUUGGCUAGUGUCACAUCAUUCGCGCACACACUGACACACACACACGCGCGCGACUGGCCACUCCGUGCGCCCGUGUUCUUCAGUCGCGUUCAGUUCGGCUCAGCUGCCCGUGUGGCCCAACCGUGUGGCGGUCGUACAUUUUCAUUGUCGAGCCGAUCCUGCGUCGGAAAAGUGAGUGCAUCGCGGUUUGGCAGACUCAGAGGCCGUCGUCCGUGCGUCCCGUCCUGUCCUGGUCGUCUCGAUUGUCGUCUUCCCGCUUCCUCCACGCGGUGCGGGGUGUCCCUCGGCGCUCCCAGUGACCCAGUGGUGGCAGUAGUGGUGCUGACGGUGCUAGUGUGUGCUUUGCGGCCACGCGGACCCUCGGCCUAGCACCGUAUGCGUUGGGUUCGCCCUGGACCGUCGCCCCAGUCGCCCGGUGUGCAUGGGCCAGUGCUCUGCAAAGCGCGCUAUAAAUAGGUUUGCCCGCCCUGGACCUUCUCGUGGUUGUGCGCGUACGCGUUUAGCCGCGCGUGUUUGGCGUGUGUAGUGGUGCACAGUGCCCGCUCUGGCCUUGCCCGUCGAUGCGCAAUCGUCGACGCGCGUAACGCAUCCACUCGGUACCCUGGGACGUACGGGUUUCGGUGCGUUACGCUACGUUCGAUCGCUAGUCGCGAAGUGAGAAGGCUUCAUGCAGAACGGGCCUCCGCAUCCGCAGUGUGUGAACGAGUGUGAGAGAGACAGAUAAGAGAGAGAGAGAGAUAGAGAGAGAGAGAGAGAAAGAGAGAGGGAGAAAGGCAAGAAAAAACAAACACAUCACAACGGGCAGGAUGCAGUGGCAGCAGGAAGUGGACGAUGAGGAUCUCAUGUACUCGCCGGCCCUGCUGGCCCGGCGAGCCUCGGAGAGCUGGAUAGAGUUCCCACCGGUAGAGAGUAUUCCAGUAAAUGCAACUCUACAGCGGAAGAAAUCAUUACCAGACGUACAACAGCUGCCGUUCGCGACCGGUGCCAUGAGCCGCGAGGAGGUGUCGAUCCUUGGUUCCGCCCGCCGCGAGGAGGUCCGGCGACUGAGGGAUGAGCAGGAGCGCUUACGAGUUAAUCCAUUGUUGUAUCUGGUCAGUCCACAAGUGAGGGAUUGGUUCUCGCGCCAGCAACUGGUCAUGCUAGUGCUGAUCGUUAAUAUUGCCUUGGCUAUUUUAUUCUUUAAAAUACUCACAUAGCGUUGGCUCAGUCCAUGUUUGCAUUUCAGCAUGUUUCUAAGAGAGGUGGCACUAUAGAAUAGCCGGAGGCAGAAAUGAGGAUAAUAUUUAAACGAACAUUAUGGGAUAACUCUUUUCGCAGCAGGACGCUACAAAGAAGAAGAAGAAGAAGAAGAAGAAGAAACCCCGAACCAAAAUAUUACAAAGAAGAAAAAAAAACAAAGCAAAAAUAUAAAACUCUUGCCUCCCCCCUUAGAUCAAGAUAACACAAACACACACACAAACAAACACAAUCAAAUUAUACAACCACAUACACAAAAAACACAAACCGACAAGUGUAACCAUUUUCCGCCCGCUGCAUCUUUGCAAUUGCAGACCAAUUCAACGUGUUUUUUUGUUCUAGUUUUUUGUUUAAAUGAAAAAUUGUUUUUGAACGACGGACGACCUCGGCCGAGGGAUGGGGAAAUCACAACUGUGUCGGAGCAGCAGCAGCAGGACAAGGUGAUAAAGGAGCGGUGUCCCGAGCAAACGUGUUAAGAACGUGAGGCAAUCAAUUAGUGAGCAUGGCAUGGAGAUGAAAUCAAUAAAAUUGUGUAUCUUUGUGCAUCAAUCAUCAAUCUAACGCAAUUACGAUCCAUCCUUUUACCUACGUAAAAUAUUUAAAAGAAAAGCGUGAAAGGAGGAGAAGUGCGGCGUUUGUCGAAGGCCGCAGCAAAAAUGUCACAGCUGAGGAAGGUGACGAACGCGGAAUUAAACCAAAAAAAAAAAAAAGAAAAGCCACACGAGUCAACCGGCACCGGCACGACCUGUGAUUGCUGUAGAAUUGGAAAGAUGAAAAGAUCUUAAAUAGAAAAGAAAAUAGCUAAGGAAUAAACCACACAACAACAAACAAAAAAACUUUGCAAAACAAAUCAAUGAACCAAGGUCCCGUUUCUAGUUUGGAGCCGUAAAAUAAAAAGGAAGAAAAUUGGAAAAUUUGGAAAAAAGAAAGCAAAAAAUAACGCAGCAUGAAAUGCAACUAAACCAAAAGGAUUAGCAAACAACUUCGAUCGAACGAGUAGAAGAUAGGGAAAACAAGAAACAGGCGGAACAGAGCGCGUGUACGAGGAAAAGCAUGAAAGCGAUGUAUCGAAAGGAAAGCAGUAGUACAGUGGCGCGCCGCCAAAAGCAACAAAAAAAAAGCGGACAGGACGCGCGAACCAAUAUGUGUAGCCGAAAAGCAGUCGAAAAACGGGAGUAAAACCAAACUAAACUAAAAACCAACUAGAUAAAUCAAUUGUAAAACCGGACACAAAUGUUGUUGCGCGCAGGAAGGAGUAAGAGAAGGAGGAGGACGAGAAGGAACUUUGCAGCAGAUGCGAAAGCCAAAUCUUACGAAAACUUUGUUAACAUAAUUUUUAGCAAAAAGAAAAGAGAGGAGCGAAUCUAUCGUCGUGUAACGUAAGCAGUAACGCGUGAAUGUGGACGCUGGAAUCAAAAAAGUCCUGGAUCCUGUUUCAGACUAUUUCUUUCGUUUGUUUCGUUUCUGUACCAAAACCACAGGAAUAUUCAAAUUUGCUUAAGGUCAAGCUCUUAAGAUUCUAAUAAACAAAAAGUAUGUUGAAUUUUUUUUUCA